GGGAGUGAUCCCGAACUGCUCUCCGUGGCGUGGCUGGGAGAAGACGGGCUCUCCGACACAUUCUCCAGGUCGGAAAGCACGGAGCUGAACACAACACAGGAUCCCGUUGAACUCCAACCUGGCCAGCCUGUAGUGUCCGCUGACUCUGAAAGCACCCCCAGCCAAUACUGGGGGAGGGGAAAAAUCAAACCAAAACAAAAAGCGCUACCCCGAGUGCUUUCCGCCUGUGGCCCGUGGAGAGAUUACAGCAGGCCACAAUGUCGGCACCUAUACUGGAACACUGCUUCCCCUUUCCAGAGUUUAGAAGCUUACGAGCCCUAAAAUUCGUCUUUAAAGCAGAUGCAGGACAACAUCUCCUGGAGGUCAGGCUGAGACAUCAGGAACCAAGGAACUGUUUCAUCCGAAGCUGGGCCCGCCUGCCCGAACAGGCACGGCGUAUCCACCCCAACCCUGCACCACCAUCCAGCCCGUCUGAAGAGGAGUUACUACAAAUGUCCGAGCCUACUCUCUGCAACGACCCCGGAGCCCGAACGGGAGGUCAGAAGACGCCCCCAGACCGCGGAGGGACGCGGGGGCUCAUUCACUCGCCGUUUUCCCUGUCUGCGGGCGGAGGAGCCCCUCGGGCCGGCAGAAGCCUUUCCCCCCGCCCCCGGCCGGCUGCAGGGAGCGGCGGCCCCGCAGGAGCACGACGCGGCCCCGCGGGGGCCAACACGGCCCUCGCCGGCAGAGCCGCCCCGGCACCGGCCGCCCCCUCCCCGCUCCGCCAUGCCCGGCCCGCAGCCCCCCGCCCGCCCCUCAGGACCGGCCGCCGCACAAAGGGCCGCGGAGACGGACCUCCCCCCGCCGGUCUCCGCCCUCCUUUACCUGUGGCCCGGGGGGUCGGUGGCUGCCGCUGA